AGAUUUAACGUUUGCUAUUUUCUACAAUUUUGUUGUGAAUAUAAAAUAUAGUCCCUAAUAUUUAAUGUAGUUAAGAGCCGAAUUACUACUCAAUGCGUGAUAAUUUCAUACGCAUCUUGACGACCGCCAUUUUAAUACUUCUCAAAUAUUGGAGGGGGAUCAAACAAAAUCCGCAAUCAUCCGGCUGUUGGGGUCAUCUAAAUUUUUGAAAACAUCGUAGACCUCAGGACAAGGCUUCUUUGUAAUGGCAGACACUGAUAAAUUAAAUAUAGAUAGCAUAAUAGCAAGAUUAUUAGAAGUGAGAGGAUCAAGACCAGGGAAAAAUGUACAACUGACAGAAUCAGAAAUAAGAGGACUUUGUCUCAAGUCGAGAGAAAUAUUUCUAAGUCAACCAAUUCUUUUAGAACUAGAAGCUCCUUUGAAGAUAUGUGGUGAUAUACAUGGACAGUAUUAUGAUUUACUAAGAUUGUUUGAAUAUGGCGGGUUCCCACCAGAGAGUAACUAUCUCUUCCUUGGGGAUUACGUGGACAGAGGAAAACAGUCACUGGAAACUAUAUGUCUCCUUCUGGCAUAUAAAAUCAAAUACCCUGAAAAUUUCUUCUUACUCAGAGGCAAUCAUGAAUGUGCUAGUAUAAACAGAAUCUAUGGAUUUUAUGAUGAAUGUAAACGAAGAUACAAUAUAAAGCUGUGGAAAACAUUCACCGACUGUUUCAACUGUUUACCUAUCGCUGCAAUUAUUGAUGAGAAAAUCUUUUGUUGUCAUGGAGGUCUGAGUCCAGAUUUACAAUCUAUGGAACAGAUCAGAAGAAUAAUGAGGCCUACAGAUGUACCAGAUCAGGGAUUAUUGUGUGAUUUAUUAUGGUCCGAUCCAGACAAGGAAACGAUGGGCUGGGGAGAAAAUGAUAGAGGUGUAUCAUUCACAUUUGGUUCAGAAGUUGUUGCUAAGUUUUUACAUAAACAUGACCUUGAUCUUAUAUGCAGGGCUCAUCAGGUAGUAGAAGAUGGAUAUGAAUUCUUUGCCAAACGACAGCUUGUAACUUUAUUCUCUGCUCCCAACUAUUGUGGUGAAUUUGAUAAUGCGGGAGCAAUGAUGAGUGUUGAUGAAACUCUAAUGUGCUCAUUCCAGAUUUUGAAACCAGCCGAUAAGAAGAAAUUUCCAUAUGGUGGAUUAAAUGCCGGCCGUCCAGUUACACCACCAAGAGGACAGGUCAAAAGUAAAGGGAAAGUGUAAUACAUUCAAUAAGAUAUGGAUAAUAAAAAACAGUGCUAAAUCACUGUGAACAUUUUAAUUCAGUGGAAACUUUGUUGGAGAUCUCGAUGGAAAUUAUUUCAGAGGUCAAAUUUUUAAAUAUUUCGUGAGUGUGAAAGCUCAUUUACAUUAAAGUUCUUUAGGCCAAAGGCAAAUAAAUUGUGUGUAUGUGUGUGAGCUCCAUAUUGAAUGAGUGCCACUUUAAUUUACAGUGAUCAAUGGUGAACCAGUCAAUUCUAAUUGCAGUUAUAAAGUAACUUUGAGCUACAAAUUCUUAUAUCGUAAUCGAUUCAUUUGUCAUAUAAAUUUGUUACGGAAAUUGUAACCCAAAGUUAAUUCUCAUGAAGUGAUUGUGAUCUGAUUUGUACAUUCUUUUUUGUGUCCAAAUAUUUAUUGAAAGCAUUAGAUGUACAGUGUAAUAUAUGUCAUAUAUUGUAAAUCUACAAAUUCUGAAAUUAUGUGUCAAUUACAUUAAAAUUAUAUAUUGUAAGAAAAAGUGUUUGGUUAUAAAAACAUGCCUGUAAAAUUGUUGUAAAUUUGAUUUUUAGAAAGUAAGUAAACUUUUGGUAAGCAACAGGUGUUUUAAAGAUUUAUAUAAUCUAGA